AAAUUUUUUAAAAACUUGACGAAAAAAAUUACAACUUUCCUUUAAUACCCUGCAAAAUACUUCAUCGUCCCCCGAAACUAUUUUUUCCCUGAAGAAAUAGGUUUGGUUUCUGAGAGGAAGUUUGUGGAAUCUAGUGAGAGGGUAGAGAAAGAUGUUGAGUGCGACGGCGAUCGGCGCGUUGUUGGGUUUGGGAACCCAGAUGUACUCCAAUGCUCUCCGCAAACUCCCCUACAUGCGCCAUCCGUGGGAGCACGUGGUCGGAAUGGGGUUGGGAGCGGUAUUUGUGAACCAGCUUCUCAAAUGGGAGGCCCAAGUGGAGCAAGACCUCGACAAGAUGCUCGAAAAGGCCAAAGCCGCCAACGAAAGACGUUACAUAGAUGGAGAUGAUGAUUAAUGCCUGUCUUCAAGGAUUGUAGCAUUUGGUGAAAAUAAUCAUGAAAUAUGUUGAACUUGUUGCCUUUGUUUUCUGAUUUCAUAGUGCUAUGUUUGUAAGGCUGUUAAUCAGACUAUUUUGUGCACAUGCUUUUGAAAGCAGUGAAAUUGUUGUAAGUGAUAAUGUUCUGGCCAUGUGGCUUCAUUGGUAAUAAGAUUAAAUCCGACGAUUUGCUUGACUUUAUAUCACGA